UGCCCAGCUACUUAUAUUCUGUUCGGAUAAAAGCAGAAGGAGAAGAGGGAGGUCACGUCCUCAUUAUCGGAACGCGGCCCGCCCUUCAGGGCACGUUGUGUCGGUAUCCGGACGCGGCCCGCUGCUCAGGUAAACAGAUGCUGAACUUUCCUCUCCCUCCGCCGGUGUGACCGUCCUCACACCGGUUCAGUGUAGCAGAAAAAGUUGUUGGAGGGGUGACGGCGGAUCGUGCGCGCGUCUGUCCCGGGCGGCUGUGAAGCAGGAGGAGCGAUUUAAACCGGAACUUCGAGCGCUUUUCAUGUCCACAUCAGAGAAACAACAAAGUUCCUGUUAGCAGUUAGCUUCAGUUAGCAACCGUGGGUCCGCUGCCGGGUCACCCAGCCCGGUGUAAAGUUCGAGUCCGGGUCGAGAGCUGCUCGGCGGGAGGGCAGGACACUGUGCGAACGGCAGUAGUGUUAUAAACGAGUUUGCACGACAGCGUGCCGUUAGCCGUUUGCUACAGUCGGUGUUCACAGGAGACUUAGAAGCUAGCGGGACCGGAGCUAACACACCGGAGCUGGACUCUGUGCACCGACACACCGACUGUGGAUGUUCAACAGGUCACCGACUGCUGCUGCUGAACCCGGGCGAGUGCUUACCAGAGUCCCCGGAAAACCGACAGGACACCUGCGGGACGUUAAAGUGGAGCCGGUCCUCCUAGUCGUUAGUGGUGGCGCACGCUCUGAGGUCAGCAUGAUGUUUCCUUGACAAAACCCGCAUCAGUUCACAGCGGACCCGUCUGAGAUCAAGUUCGGUUUGGACUCAGGUGACACGCUUCGAUUUCUGAGCCCAGAUUGGUCGCUCGUCGGCUGCCUGUCAGCAUGCAGCUGACCUAUGAGAAGCUGCCUGCUCAGCUGAGGCGGAGCUCCAGACUCAGGAAAUUGACGGCCAUCCUGCUCACAGCUUACGCCGUCAAAAAGCUGUCCCCGUACGUGUGGAGGAGGCUGCAGAGGAGAGCAGCAGGUAAACAGCUGGGCGUAUCUGAUCCAUCAGUGGGUGCAGUGAUCUCUGCUGAUGAUGGCGGAGAGCAGAACAAGAAUAAGAAGAAGCAGAAGAAGAGUGACAGCAGGUCUCCGUCGGUCAACAGGGACUUUUUCCUCAGACUUUCUCGGCUGCUGAAGCUCUUGUUUCCACGGUUACUUUGUCCAGAGAUCGCCCUGCUCGCCUUACACUCUCUCACCCUGAUGUCCCGGACCUUCCUGUCGAUCUACGUCGCGUCUCUGGAUGGUGUGAUAGUGCGGUGUAUUGUUCAGAAGGAUCCUCAGGCCUUCGUGCUUCAGCUCUCCAAGUGGCUCCUCGUUGCAGUUCCUGCAACUUUCAUAAACAGCGCCAUCAGAUUCCUGGAGGGUCAGCUGAGCCUCAGCUUCAGGACCCGAUUGGUUAACCAUUCCUACCAGCUUUAUUUCACCAAUCAGACUUACUACAGAGUCAGCAACAUGGACGGGCGUCUGUCCAAUCCCGAUCAGUCUCUCACUGAGGACAUCGUCAUGUUUUCGGCCUCCAUCGCUCACCUCUACUCCAACCUGACCAAACCUAUCCUGGACGUGAUCGUCACCUGCUACACGCUGCUGCGCACCGCCCGCUCCAAAGGAGCAAACACAACGUGGCCGUCGGUCAUCGCCGGCCUGGUCGUAGCACUCACGGCUAAAGUCCUGCGCUCCUGUUCGCCUCGAUUCGGGAAGCUUGUGGCCGAGGAGGCGAAGAGGAAAGGAGACUUGCGUUACAUGCACUCACGAAUCAUCACCAACUCAGAGGAGAUUGCCUUCUAUGGAGGACACAAGGUGGAGCUGGCCCAGCUGCGGAGGAGCUACACGUCUCUGUCCUCUCAGAUCCAUCAGAUCCUGCUGAAGCGCCUCUGGUACAUCAUGCUGGAACAGUUCCUCAUGAAGUACGUGUGGAGCGCCUCCGGCCUGGUGAUGGUCGCCGUGCCCAUCAUCACCGCCACCGGAUACUCUGAACACGAUUCGGAGGAGGUGAAGCAGGCUGCCAUGGUGAUGAAGGAGGAGGAACUUGUGAGUGAACGGACGCAGGCCUUCACCACGGCCAGGAACCUCCUGAACGCUGCAGCCGACGCCGUGGAGAGAAUCAUGAGCUCCUACAAGGAGGUGACGGAGCUGGCAGGUUACACUGCCCGAGUCUCUGAGAUGUUGGAUGUGUUUGAAGAUGUGAACCAGGGGAUCUACCGCCGCUCCGCAGACAGAGAGAAGGAGGAGUUAACAGCUGAAGGAGGAGGAGGAGGAGCAGUUCAACACGGGCAGAGAGUCUGUGGUCCGCUACAGAUCAGAGGUCAGGUGAUCAGUGUGGAAAAGGGGAUUCGCUGUGAGAACCUGCCAAUCAUCACGCCUACCGGAGAUGUAGUAGUGUCCUGUCUGAAUAUCCAGGUGGAAGAUGGGAUGAACGUGCUGAUCACCGGUCCAAACGGCUGUGGGAAGAGUUCCCUGUUCAGGAUCCUCAGUGGGCUGUGGCCCGUUUAUGGAGGAGUCCUGUACCGACCGGAGCCACAGCACAUGUUCUACAUCCCACAGAGGCCUUACAUGUCAGAGGGGACCCUCAGAGACCAGGUGAUCUAUCCGGACUCAGUGGAGGAGAUGGUUCAGAGAGGACUCACAGAUUCAGACCUGGAGGAGAUCCUUCGCACCGUCCACCUGCGCUACAUCCUGGACAGAGAGGGAGGUUGGGAGUCGAUCAAUGACUGGAAAGAUGUUCUGUCUGGAGGAGAGAAGCAGCGGAUGGGGAUGGCUCGGAUGUUCUACCACCGCCCUCGGUACGCUCUGCUGGACGAGUGUACGAGCGCUGUGAGCAUCGACGUGGAGGGAAGAAUCUUCCAGGCUGCAAAGGAUGCUGGGAUCGCGCUGCUGUCAAUCACUCACAGGCCUUCCCUGUGGAAGUACCACUCGCACCUGCUGCAGUUCGAUGGAGAAGGAGGGUGGAGGUUUGAACCUCUGGAUGCCUCCACGCGCCUCUCUCUGCAGGAGGAGAAGCAUCGUUUGGAGAACCAGCUGCUGGGAAUUCCUAAGAUGCAGCAGAGACUUUCAGAGCUGUGUGUCCUGUUGGGGGAGGCCGAAGGGGAGAAAGAAGAGAAGCUAGCCUCCUGAGAUUACACACUGAUGGAAGAAUGAUGAUUUUAUUUACUGGUUAGCAUUGAGAGAAACGCACACACAUUUGUAUCCCUUCCUUGUAGGGCCCUGCGUUGACUUGAUGUAUCUCCUGUAAUGUGCACUGGACACAAAGUCCCCACAGAGCGUAUAAAUACCCUUAUAAUGUACAAAUGCCUUUGUAAAGCAGAAUUAUCCCCUAAGUGUCCUCCAAAUGCAGAAAUGUCCUCAUAAUUCACAAAUGUCCUCACUGUGAAGAUAUGUCCUUACAAUUCAGAAGUGUCCUCAAAGUUAAAAAAAUGUCCUCAGAAUUAAAAAGUAGCCUAAAAUUACCCCAAAAUGUCGACGUCUCACCAGAGUCAGAAAUGUCCUCAUAAUACAGAGAUGUAAAUGCUCUGAGAAAGCACAAGUGCCCUCAUAAUGUAGAAAUCCCAGUAUAGUUCAAAGUGUUCCAAAAUGUCCUCAUAAUUCAGAAAUGUCCUUGUAUUACAGAAAUUCCAUCACAGUGCAUAAAAACCUUUUGCUAUGCAGAAAUGUCCUCAUAUUGCAGUGUGCCUGAUGGAUGGGCCACACAAAGAUGGACAAACAUGCGCAUACACACACACACACACACACACACACACACACACACACACAUGCUGAGCAGGUAAAUCGUAUGACUGAAGUGAGUUUUAACUGUGAGGUUUUUUUUUAGAUUUUAUCUCGUGAGAACUGCCGGUUUGCUGUCAGAGCUGCUGUUUCUCGAAGACGCCCACGAUCAGUUGGCCUUUUUGUUACGAAGCACUUCCUGUCCUGAUUGGUUAUCUCGCUUAUUUUAAAUGGCUCGUUUCAACUGUUAUGUAACCUUGUUUACAUACAUUAGUUGGCUGGAAAAAAUCAGCACCUAGAGUGUUUAUUCAAUUCAGCUUUAUUUACAAUAAGAAAUCGCAACAGCAGUCACAUUAGAGCGCUUUGCAUUGUGAAGCUAUGAGAGGUUGGCUGUCUGCCUGAAGUGGUCCAGGAGAGGGGAGGUUUUUACUGCUGAUAGCUCAAGUAUACUCGUAUAGAAACAGCAGGUUUUUAUACAAUUUGAUAAAUGGUUUUGAUCACCUGGCAGCCUGUGGUAGGAAAAAUAUGCAUUCCUCGACCAGUUUGCAAGUAUGGUAGUUGUGUAGUUCAAAAAUCAAUCAUCAAAAACUUAGUGACUGCUUUGGUCGCUGUCAGAUUGCUGCAGUUGCCGGUAGUUUGCAUAGAAGAUGCCGAUUUGUCUGCAAACACUCGCUAAACACCAAGUGGAGGUGAAACGCAAAUGAGAGACGGAGACCAGUUUGCCUUCAAAGUAAAAGUUGUGGCUCAUCGGUGAAACGAAUGUUUCAAAAUGUGCAACUUUUACUUUGAAGGUGAGCAGUUUCUGUUAGUGAGUAGUUGGUAGUGUUUGCAGACAGGUUGCCAUCUUCCAUGCAAACUACAUCCGUCUGUCGCAGUCUGCUAGUGACCAAAGAAAUCGCAGAGGUUUUUGGUGCAGCACUGUGUACAUUUUUGAAACCAAUUUCAUUUAGAUACUACAAGCAACCACUUGCCAACCAGUCUGGGCCAAGUAAGCUGCUUUUGUAAACAGACUUUUAAUUUGAAAGGUGAGGAUCAGUUUAUCAACAUAUGCCAUUGAGCCUUUUUUCCACCAACUGUGUGCUGGUCCUAAAAAACCCACAAAAAACAGAAAAACAAACAGUACCAGUAUAGCUCCACAAAAUAAGAGUUCCACUGGGGGAACCACUGAUGUCAGAGGCUGUGGGCGGGGCUACACUGGAUAAUAUCUACCUUUUAAACCUGUGAAAUUUGUGCUGGUUCUCUAAAGACACGACUGGCACAGUGUUGGUGGGAAAAAGGUUUCCCGUAAACACUGAUCUGACAGCAGCCGUCAGCUGACUGAGAACAAAGAGAGGAGCAGCAGAUUUGACAGAAAAGGAUCAGCUGAGUCAUAUGACUGCUAAGAGGUCACGUGACAGCUGCAUCUAUUUAUAUAUAUUUUUAAUUGUGCCAUAUUUAAUCCUUUCCCGCGUGUACAAAUAAAAAGUAUAUUAUAUACACAAUCAAUAAUAUAAACAGCAGCUUCACUGAUCAACAACAGAAUAAUCUGCUGCUGCAGUUUGAAUAAUGAAACUUUAUUUAGAGAAAUGUAAUGUACAUGUUACAGUGCAAUCAGAAUGAAGAAGAGGAGGGUGAUGAAGACCCAAUUAUAAUGAUGCUGUAUGAUGUCAUGAUGAUGAUGUCUGAAUGUUUAUUAAAAAAAUGAAUAAAAAGUUUACUAAUG